UACAUCAUCUAUAUAUCACAUUGUGUGUUCACCACCCAGAGUCAAUUCUCCUUCCAUCACCAUAUAUUUGCAUCAACAACUAUUUGUUUCAAGGAGUUCUGGUAUAAAGGAAAAGAAAGAAAUGGAACAGAAGUGGGGGGUUGAAAAUUUUUUUUCUUUUUAAGAUGUAAGAAAAAAAAUAGUAAGUUUGUAUGCUGAAGAAUAGAUUCUAUGGGUAAGGCAGAAAAAAAUGCUGGAGAACCUGAUUUCUCUGACACUUAGCCUGGAUUUGUUUCCCAGUUCUGGGGGCUGUACAUAUGCUCCAGUUUUAAGUUUUACCUAUCCUUCACUCACCCUUCUUAAACUGCAAGGUCAAAUAGAGCACAUCAACUAAAUACCCAAAGGAUACUUGUACUUAUUGUAACUCCUACAGAGAAGUUGACUGGUCCAUUUUCCAUAUCACCACAGAAAUCAGAUCCAACUUACCCUAUGCCUCCAUUCUUAAGUUAUUGUAAGGCAGUCAAAAUGAAUUAACUAGCAUCACAGGUAAAAACAUGGAGUCUUAGUAACAAAUUGUUGAGUGAAAAAGGUUAAGUUGAAGACUACCUGUAGUGUGAUAUCCUCUUAAAAAUAUUUAAAUACAAGCAAAAUGAAACAAUAUGUACCAUGUAUUUUAUAACAUGAAUGCAAAACUACAAAAUUCAGGACAAUGAUUACCUCUGGGAGAACAGAAAGACAAGGAGCACAUAGAUCUAAAUCAUUGGUAAUCUCCUAGUUCAGUGGUUCUCAAACUUUGGUGUGCAUCAGAAUCACCUGGUGAGCUCAUUAAAACCUAGAUUACUGGGUCCCACCCCAAGUUUCUGAUUGAAUAGGUGAGUGUGUAUGUGUGGGGUGUGUGUGUGUGUGUGUGUGUGUGUGUGUGUGUGUGUGUGUCCCCUAAGAUUAUACAUUUGCAAUGCGGUCCCAGGCGGCGCUAAAGCUGCUCUUCUGGGACCACACUUGAGAACCACUUCUAGUUCUUGGGUUGAGUUGUGGGUUCACAUGUAUUCCUUUCCAUUUUAUUAUUAAAUGAAUAUAGUAUUUAAAUAAAUAAUAAAAAAGAUGGCUUGUUAUAGACCAAAGAUGAGAGCAUGUAAUGAAGCAAGGAGUAAUAUUAAUCCAAUUCUGGGCUCCUAAGUCAUCCCGCUCCAAAAGAGCUAGGGUUCCGUUAGUAAAAGCAAACUUGAAAAAAAAAAUGCUCUAAGAACCUCAAGACCAUUUAAAAAGAACAUUACUACUUUGAGAAAUAAAUUGGAAAAUUGAUUCUCCCUUAUGUACACAGUGACAACAUAUUGCAUUCCACACCCCGGGAUCUAAAUGUUUGGCAGACUUGGCACAUCGCAAAUCUACCUCUUUUGUCGAUUCGACAAAAGCGGAGUGUGUUUAAAGAUUUCCUUUACUUUUUCAGUUCUUAUACUUCCCUCAAGUACCCUAGGUAAUUAUUUUUCUUCCUCCCUCCCUCCUUCCAGAUUGUGUCCACUGGGUUCUGAGAGAAAAUUUAGAUGAUAUUUCAGAGCCCUCCGAUGAUCAGGGCCUAUGUAGAAUGUCUGUGUCCUGCAGUGUGCCAGCCACCGACUGGGGUUUGAGAAACGCCCUAAUACAAAAUUCUUGCCCACAAGCAGUUCAGCCUAGUGGGAAAAACAGCUCUGUAAAUAUAACAUUACAACUCAAAGCAGGCCACACAGGAUGUUAUAGAAAGGUAAAGAUUUAUCCGCUUUCAUAACCUCCCCUAAGCCCAGUUCACCUAAGCUAUCAGUAUCUCCAGCGCGGGGCAGCACUUCACAGCCGCAAAAUCCGAAACCGGCGGAGGGAGGAGGCGCGGGCGCGGGCGCGGGCGCGGCGGCGGAGGACGGACGCUCGGGGCCGGAAGCGGCGGUGCGGCCCGGCUGCGCAUGCGCCCCUCACACGUGCUUCCAGAACGCCCACUCCGCCGUUUGGGCCCCGCCGGCACCAUGCUGCGGGUUUCUGGCUUGCGGUUGCUAGGACGCGCACUGGCGAGUAGGGUCUCGCUCCUGGAGUACUCUAACCUACGCGUCUAUAGUUCCGGUCCUCUGGGUGCCGGCGACGAAGCUCACGAUGCGCGCGCUUACUUCACGACACCCAUAUUCUAUGUGAACGCCGCGCCCCACAUUGGGCACCUGUACUCGGCGUUACUGGCGGACACCCUGUGCCGCUACCGUCGCCUCCGAGUUCCCAGCCCCGCCGCCACGCGAUUCUCCACUGGUACCGACGAGCACGGCCUGAAGAUUCAGCAGGCAGCAGCCGCUGCGGGCCUGGCCCCGACCGAGCUGUGCGAUCGAGUGUCGGCCCAGUUCCAGCAGCUUUUCCGGGACGCUGGCAUCUCCUCCACCGACUUCAUCCGCACCACCGAGGCCCGGCACCGGAUGGCUGUGCAGUACUUCUGGGGAGUGCUGAAGGCUCGAGGUCUGCUCUACAAGGGGCUCUAUGAAGGUUGGUAUUGCGCCUCCGACGAGUGCUUCCUGCCUGAGACCAAGGUCACCCGGCAUCCGGGCCCGUCGGGGGAUUCAUGUCCUGUAUCUCUCGAGAGCGGGCAUCCCGUUGCUUGGACAAAGGAAGAAAACUACAUUUUCAGGCUUUCCCAGUUCCGGGAGCCGCUCCAGCGGUGGCUGAGGGAGGACCCUCAGGCCAUCACCCCGGAGCCAUUCCGUCACUCCGUGCUUCAGUGGCUGGAGGAGGAGCUGCCGGACUUGUCAGUCUCUCGCAGGAGUAACCACUUGCACUGGGGCAUUCCGGUGCCAGGGGAUGAUUCGCAGACCAUCUACGUAUGGCUGGAUGCCUUGGUCAACUACCUUACUGUAAUUGGCUACCCAAAUGCUGAGUUCAAGUCUUGGUGGCCAACCACCUCACAUAUCAUAGGCAAGGACAUUCUCAAAUUCCAUGCUAUCUAUUGGCCUGCUCUCCUCUUAGGGGCUGGCAUGAACCCACCACAUCGCAUCUAUGUCCAUUCUCACUGGACAGUCUGUGGCCAAAAGAUGUCUAAGAGUUUGGGCAACGUGGUGGAUCCCAGGACUUGCCUUGACCGCUAUACUGUGGAUGGCUUUCGCUACUUUCUCCUUCGUCAGGGCGUCCCCAACUGGGACUGUGAUUACUAUGAUGAAAAAGUGGUCAAGUUGUUAGACUCAGAGCUGGCAGAUGCUUUGGGAGGUCUCUUGAACCGAUGCACUGCCAGUAGAAUAAAUCCUUCUGGGACCUACCCGGCCUUCUGCACUACCUGUUUUCCCAGGGAGCCCGGGUUGGGGCCAUCAGCUCGUGCUCAGGCAGACGACUAUGCUCUAGUGAGCGCAGUGGCCACUUUACCCAAGCAGGUAGCAGACCACUAUGCUAACUUCCAGAUCUAUAAGGCUCUGGAGGCAGUGUCCAGCUGUGUACGGCAAACUAACGGCUUUGUCCAAAGGCACGCACCAUGGAAGUUGAAUUGGGAGAGCCCAGUGGAUGCUCCCUGGUUGGGUACUGUGCUUCAUGUGGCCUUAGAAUGUUUGCGAGUCUUUGGAACUGUGCUCCAGCCUGUCACCCCAAGCCUAGCUGACAAGCUGCUCUCCAGGUUGGGGGUCUCUGCCACAGAGAGGGGCCUUGGAGAGCUCUAUUUCUUACCUCGAUUUUAUGGACUUCCUUGCCCUUUUGAAGGGAGAAGGCUGGGACCUGAAAGUGGGCUCUUGUUUCCACGCCUGGACCAGUCCAGGGCCUGGCUGGUGAAAGCCCAGAGGACCUAGAAACUCAGUUCUUACUGGCUUGUGGUAAAAAAAGCAAAUGUGUUACUUUCUUAUUUUGCAUUUUCAGUUAAGUUAUACUGUUUUCUAAAGGGUUCCAUCAAAUGAGCACAUAAGUGCCGUCCCUGUGAAAAGAGGUUUGUAACCUUUCAGUUGCC